AUGUCCGAAUCCGAUUACAUGUCAGACGGGUCCGAGGGCUUCAUCCUCCCUGCUCCUGCCAAGAAGACAGCUGCUAAAGCUAAGCCUGCAGCAGCCAAGCUCAAGGCCACUACUGCGAAAGCGGGCGCCUCCAAGGCCAACGGUGCUGUCAAGCCAAAGAAGCAGCCGCUCUCGAAGCGCAACAGCAACGGAGCCGACAGCGACCCCGAUGUCAGCAUGAUGGACAGCGAGGCUGAUGUCUCCUUUCAGCCCCCUGCGCCCAGCAAGUCUUCCAACGGCAAGAGUGCUUCCGAGACCUACCAGAAGCUCUCUCAACUCGAACACAUUCUCAAGCGUCCCGAUACCUACAUCGGCAGUGUCGAGAAACAUACAGAGAAGCUUUGGGUCUACGACAAGACCAAGCAGCAGAUGGCCUACCGCGAGACCACAUACGUCCCUGGUUUCUACAAGAUCUUUGACGAGAUUCUCGUCAAUGCUGCUGAUAACAAAGCGCGUGAUCCCAACAUGACUCACCUCAAGGUCGAGGUCAAGCGCGACGAGGGCACCAUCAGCGUCUGGAACAACGGUCAUGGUAUCCCUGUCGAGAUGCACGAGAAAGAGGGCGUCUACAUCCCCGAGCUCAUCUUUGGUCACCUCCUCACUUCCUCCAAUUACAACGAUGACGAAGCCAAGGUCACCGGUGGUAGAAACGGUUACGGUGCCAAGCUCGCCAACAUCUACUCAACCGAGUUCACUGUCGAGACUGCUGAUGCCAAGAACCAGUGCAAGUAUAAGCAGACUUUCACUAGCAACAUGCACGAGAAGGGCAAGCCGAAGAUCACUUCGCACAAGAAGAACGACGAGUACACCUGCAUCACCUUCAAACCCGAUUUUGCCCUCUUCGGCAUGGAGUCCAUUGACGACCACAUCGAGGCCCUCAUGCUCAAGCGUGUCUACGAUAUGGCAGGUACCGUCAAAGGUAUCAAGGUUACCCUCAAUGGUGAAGUCCUCAAGAUCAAGAACUUCAAGCAGUACGUCGAAAUGUACGUCACAGCCAUCAACGAGCUUGGCGGUAAAGCCAACGAGGAUGGUGAAGAUCUUCCCGCCGGCGCUGCUCCCAAGCCCGCUAUCAUCUACGAGUCAACCGUUGAUAAGGGACGCAACUGGGAAGUUGCUUUUGCCGUCUCAGAUGGCGAGUUUCGACAGGUCUCGUUCGUCAACAACAUUGCCACCAUCAAAGGUGGUAAGCACGUCGAUCACGUUGCUGACCAGGUCAUCUCGCGCCUCAUCGAGCAGGUAAAGAAGGACAAAAAGACCGGCAAAGUCAUGCCUAACCAGGUCCGACAGCAACUCUGGGUCUUUGUCAACUGUCAAAUUGUCAACCCCACCUUCGACGGACAGACCAAGGAAACCCUUACGCUCAAGCAGAGCGCUUUCGGCAGCAAGUGGACACUCACUGACGACUUUGCCAGGAAGAUCAUCAAGUCUGGCGUAGUUGACAACAUUGUUAGCUUCGCCCGCUACAAACAGGAUCAGGCGCUUAAGAAGACCGAUGGACACAAGCGCACCAGAAUCACCAACAUUCCCAAGCUUGAAGAUGCCAACAACGCUGGUGGCAGGAAAGCCAAGGACUGCACUCUCAUCCUCACCGAAGGUGACUCCGCCAAGGCGCUUGCUGUGGCUGGUCUUGUCGAGGUGGGUCGUGACAAUUACGGUGUUUUCCCGCUUCGUGGUAAGCUUCUCAAUGUCCGUGAAGCGACUCACGAUCAGAUCAUGAAGAAUGCCGAGAUCAAAGCGAUCAAGGAGAUCAUCGGUCUGCAGCACGGCAAGCAGUACCUUGACGUCAGCAGUUUGCGAUACGGCAGUAUCAUGAUCAUGACCGAUCAGGAUCACGAUGGUUCGCACAUCAAGGGUCUCAUCAUCAACUUCCUCGACCACUUCUACCCCUCGCUGCUCAAGCUUCCUAAUUUCCUCGUCGAGUUCAUCACUCCCAUUGUCAAGUGUAGCAAGGGUAAGAAGGAGCUCUCCUUCUUCACGAUUCCCGAGUACAUGACUUGGAAGGAAGCCAACAGCAACGGAAAGGGUUGGCGCAUCAAGUACUACAAGGGUCUCGGAACCUCGGACUCGCAAGACGCCAAAAAGUAUUUCCGUGCUAUGGACAAGCACAUGUUGCCCUUUGAUACCACCAAAGAUGGUGAUCGCGAGCUGAUCGAUCUUGCUUUCAACAAGAAGAAAGCGGACGAUCGAAAGGAGUGGCUCCGUCAGUUCCGUCCUGGAACCUACCUCGACCACAACAUCGACAAGAUUCCCUACGCCGAUUUUAUCAACAAGGAGCUCAUCCUCUUCUCGAUGGCCGACAACAUGCGUUCGAUCCCGUCUGCUGUUGAUGGUCUCAAGCCAGGUCAGCGAAAGGUGAUCUUUGGCACGUUCAACCGCAAGGGCGACGGUGAAAUCAAGGUUGCUCAACUCGUCGGUCACGUGUCUGGUACCACAGCCUACCACCACGGUGAACAGUCGCUCACCAUGACCAUCGUUGGUCUCGCACAGAAUUUUGUGGGUAGCAACAACGUUAACUUGCUCGAGCCAAGGGGUCAAUUCGGUACUCGUUUGCUUGGUGGUAAGGAUGCUGCCUCGGCCAGGUAUAUUUUCACCGCGCUGCCAAAGAUCACGCGUGCCUUGUUCCCUCAGAACGACGAUGCGCUGCUUGAAUACUUGGACGAUGAUGGACAGAGUAUCGAGCCGCAGUGGUACAUGCCUGUUGUUCCUCAGGUGCUGCUCAACGGUGCCGAAGGUAUCGGUACUGGAUGGUCUACCUUCGUGCCCAACUACAACCCGCAUGACAUUGUUGCCAACUUGCGACGACGCAUGGCUGGUGAGGACGUCGUCCCCAUGAAGCCGUGGUACCGUGGCUUCACCGGUGACAUCGAGGAAUUCGCGCCCGGUCGAUACAAGCUGAGCGGUCGUGUGACUCAGAUCGACGAGAAAACAUAUGAAAUCACCGAGUUGCCCAUCCGUACCUGGACCUCAACCUACAAGGAGAGUCUCGAGGAGCGCAUCCUCUCGACCGAGAAGGUGCCUUCCACCAUCAAGGACUACAAGGAGUACCACACCGAGUCCACGGUGCACUUUAUCGUCGAGCUCAACGCCAAGGGUCAAGCCGAGAUCGCUGAAAAGGGUGUUGAGGCUUUCUUCAAGACCUCAAGUCAGAUUUCUACCACCAACAUGGUGCUCUUCGACCAGGAUGGCAAGAUCAAGAAGUACUCUUCUCCUGAGGAGAUUCUCGAAAACUUCUAUCUCCUCCGUCUGUCGUACUAUCAGAAGCGAAAGGAGCAUCUUGUGGAUCAACUCAAGCUCAUGUACGACCGUCUCUCGAAUCAGGCUCGCUUCGUCCAGAUGAUCAUCUCUCGUCAGCUCAUCGUCUCGAACCGGAAGCGUGCUGAUAUUGUUGCAGAGUUACGUCAGAAGGACUUCCGACCCUUCCCGAAGUCGGGCAAAGCCACGGUCGCCGCCGAGAUCGAGGACACGGAUCCCAUUGACGAUGAGGAGAUCUCUUCCGACUCGGAUUACGACUACUUGCUCAACAUGGCCAUCUACAACUUGACUAAGGAGAAGGUGGACAAGCUUCUCAAGGAGCGUGAUGCCAAGGAGGAAGAGCUCAAGAUCUUGAUCGGUCGCUCGCCUCAGAACCUUUGGGAUGAGGACCUCGCUAAAUUCCUCGAACUUUGGGAGGAGAUGUUGGCUGAGGAUGAGCGUCGACUCAAGGAUGUCUCGUUCAAGAUGAAGAAGGGGAAGCAGAUCAAGAAGCCUGCUCCUAAAGGUGGCGCUGCUCGUAAAGUUCUCGAGAAGCCUCUCAACUCGGACGGCGAAGAGGAGGAUGACGAUGCUAUGGACGGUCUUGACGGUGAUGACUCGGAGGAUGACUUCAAGCCAUCAAGUACUGCUGCCAAGAAGAAGGCUGCCCCUGCCCGCGCUAGUCCAGCAAGGAAGCGUGCCGCUGCUGAUGCAUUGGACAAUGACGACAUGGCUAAGCUGAUUGGCACCACCGCCAACGGAAAGAAGCCGCGUGCAAAUGGUGCUGCUUCUCGAUCUGCCACCACUUCUCGCGCGGCAACCUCUGAGGUCAUCGAUGUUGAUGAUGAUGCUGGAGACAGCAAAGAAAGCAUCAAGCUUGCCCCUCUCUUCCGCAAGACCGCCAACGGAAGCAGCGGCAGCAGCAGUGCUAAGCCUGCCGCGGCCAAGAAGACUGCUACUGCCAAGACUUUCUCUCUCUCUGACGACGAUAAGGAUAUACUGAUCGCCGCUCCGAAGAACAAGAAGGCAACCGCUGCCAAGCCUGCCGCUACGAAGAAGACUGCAACCGGUCUUGGUCGCAAGAAGGCCGCUGCUCCAGCUUCCGACACGGAAGACUCGUUCAGCAUUGACAGUCCCGGUCCUUCCGCCCCUGCCCGUAAGUCGGGUCGAUCCGCUCGUUCGGCUUCGGCAAAGACCAAGUACACGGUUGAUGAUGCUUCGGACGAUGACGACGACUUCUAA